GUUUGUGUGUGUGUGUGAGCAGAAAAACAACAUGGCAGACGUUGCUGUUCGAUCCGUCAGAAGAAGCGUCGGCAUUGUGAUGAACGAUGACUGGCCCGGCUACAGUUUAGACCUCUUCAGCUACCCUGCUCACUACUCCGGAGAUCUAGACUGUGUCUUCAUUCCACAUGGCGUCAUCAUGGACAGGACUGAACGACUGGCCAGAAAUAUCAUGGACGACCUCGGGGACCACGACAUCGUGGUGCUGUGUGUGCUGAAAGGAGGCUACCAGUUCUGUGCCGACCUGGUGGAAGGGAUCAAGGCCCUCAGCCGCAACUCGGACCGCACGAUCCCCAUGAGGGUCCACUUCAUCCGGCUCAAGAGCUACCUGAAUGACCAGUCCACAGAGGAUCUUCACAUACUCGGAGCAGAGGAUUUGUCCUUUUUAGCUGGAAAGAACGUACUGAUUGUGGAGGCCAUUGUAGGCACCGGAAAGACAAUGAAGACUCUCCUGAAGCAUGUUGAAGCCUUCAGGCCCAAAAUGAUCAAAGUAGCAGGAUUGCUGGUGAAGAGAGUUCCAAAUAAUGCAGCAUGUCUUCCUGACUAUGUCGGCUUUGAGAUACCCGAUCGGUUUGUGGUUGGAUAUGCCUUAGACUACAAUGAGUAUUUUAGAGACUUAAAUCAUAUCUGUGUGAUCAGCGAAAGUGGGAAGAUGAAAUACAAGAUUUAAAAAGAGGACUGUCACACAGAUGUCAUCGAACAGAAAGCCUGAACAUUUUCCCUGAGUUGCUGAGUUCUCACUUACAGCUGCUAUCGUGACAUUUGAUCUCAAGCAUGCCUUGUUUUGUUAUAACAUUCCUCCCAUGAACCAAUUUAACAACAGACACUGACAUUUAACUGGUAGUUUUAGCAAAGCAAGUUCACGCUUUACUGUGAUUUUAGAGUUGCUACAUCAUUCUUCAUGUUUGCAGUAUAGUUAUUCAUAUGGAAAAGGUUUACUGCUAGUGUACUGCUACUGUUUGCCUUUGUUAGUUUGUCUCUAACACAAAUAUAUUUUACUUCUUGUAUGCAAUGUCAAGAACUUGAUAAUCAUGACCUGUAUGAAUGUGAUAGAUAUUUUUUCAGUGUGUGAUAAGGUAAUAAAGGAAACUUAGUUUCUUUUAAAAUGAAAGGAAGUUGUUUUGCUAGAAAACUGGUGAUAUCAUUUUACAUUUCCUUCACCUGUAUGCAAAGUACAGGGGAAGAAAAUGCAAAAUUCUAUCAUACCAAGGUGUUUACUAGGUAGUUCUCUUGCAGUCACCUUUAAUGCUCAGCGGCAAACAAAGGAGUUUGUAAACUACUUGUGCUAACUACCUCUUUUUGUUUUUGCAGUAUUUGAGGUGUAGUGGGAUGCUUUUGUCAUUUCUGUAUUUUUUUUAAA